AGGACUUCACAGAGCCAUGGAUGAAGAGAAACAGCCAACAGGAGGGCUGCACUUUGUUGGCAAAAAGGAUGAACUGAUUAAAGCGAAACGCUGUGUCAGACCAGUAGAGGAUCGUGAUGUCCUGAUCAUCCACGCACGAGGAAGGUUUUUCGCUUUGGACAGCCACUGUUAUCAUGCUGGGGGAGAACUACUGAAUGGAGACAUUGAGGAAAUUAAUGGCCGGCUGUGCAUGGUUUGUCCGAGGCACAAGUACAAGAUCUGUGUGGCCGACGGGGAGGGUUUGUACACGGCCACCGACACCAAUGAAAAUCCACCGGUGAAGAAAUGGUACUCCUAUGGCGUGAAGCAGAGGACCCACCUGGUCAAAGAGAUCAACGGCGACGUCUUCGUCAAGCUGUCCCGGUACCCCGGCUGGCUCGAGUCAGACUUCUAUCAAGGAGAAAGAGGCAAAGUGGAGAGAGUCAAGGCAGCGGAAGCAGCCAAGAAAAAAUCCUCAAAAUCCUAA